GAAUAUUUUAACAUGAUUAAAAUAUAUUAGAAUUGUCCUUUUCAACUAAAUUGGAAUAGAAUGAUAGAUGUAUAUCUAAAAAACCUAAAGAAGAAAAAGGAGAAAUGAGAAGUGCAAAAAGUGAGUUAAAAAGACUAAACUUAUCGCAAUAAAGAAUAAAUAAAAAUUGCGACAAACCCCAAACGCUCGAACACAAUCUGACGAUUCGAAAACUUCAGGACUACACUUACAACUGCACUUUUCCGUGCAGUGCGCUAAAAUAAAAUAGAUAGGAUCUCAUAUCAAUAUACGUCUGAAAGAAAAGGUUACGAUUAUAAAGUGUAGCCAAAAGAAUCAAUUCUCCAAGCGUCUGUGGAAAGAUAAAUAAAAACCCUGGGCAGAGAGAGAUCAAAUCCGAUCAGCUGACAUGGACGCGUUACGACGGGCGUGCAGAUUUUUUGACAAAAGAAUUAUAAUUCCUCUGCAUCCGAGUGUAUCAUCCAGGACGUGCCACACUUCAAUAGUACAAGCGAGACAGCAACAACAACAAAAACAAGCGGUGGAAAACAUCAGCGACCAAUCGCGCGGUGACAGGAAACCAAUCGACGAGGCGACCAUCAGGAGGCUCGAGAGGCUGGCGCUGGUCGGCUUGGAGUACGAGCAGAGUAAACGGAUCCUGGAGGAGGCGAUAGCCUUCACCGAGCCGCUGCGAACAGCGCACAUCGACGAGACGGUGAGUCCGAUGUACAGCACCCUGGAGAACUAUCAUAUUCAUCUGCGGGACGACGUGGUGAGAGACAACGUUGAUCGGCGCGAGAUACUGAGGAACGCCGCGGUGCUGGAGGAGGAGUACUUCGUCGCACCUCUGGUGACGAAGAGAUCCGAGUCCGAAUGAUGAGCCUGGAAGCUGUAUUGAGGGCCGUCAGCCCGCAUUUUCUCAAUC